UAUUAUUUGAUGACGAUGAUACAACGUAAAAGUGGUGUAUGAUAAUACAGUAGAAAACUCUAAUCUCUUUCUUUUUUUUUCUUGGGGGUGCUGAUAAAGAACUGUCUUUUUUUUUUUUUUAAUCAUAGAGACAUUCUUGCUUUUACAAUAGUAUUCUUUUUUCUUUUCUGAUCUUUCAAUUAUUACAGCGCUCAAUCUUUAUUUAACCUUUUUUAAUUUAUUUGACAUAUAACAUGGCUGGUCUACUCGGAGGUAGUAAAAAGAAAUCAGGUUCUUCCAAGAAAAGGUCAUCCAAGAAAUCGUCUGGUGAUGAGGAGAGUGGUGGUCUUUUAGGUGAUACCCUGGGCUCAGUGACUGAUACAGUGGAUAAUGUUACUGAACCUGUGAAGGGGAGUAGUAAAUCCAAAAAAAGAGAUAGCAGCAGCAAGAAGAGAAGAUCCUCUAAAGGUGAUAAGAAAAAGGGAGGAGGACUUCUUGAUGGUGUGACUGAUACAGUAGGUGAUGCAGCAGAAGGCAUUCAAGACACCGCUCAAGGUGCUGUGGAUACUGUGCAAGAUUCUGUAGAUGGAGUAACUGAUCAGGCAGGCGAUGCCGUGGGCGAUGUGACAGACAAAGUCGGUGAUACAGUGGACGACGUUACUGACAAGGUGGGCGACACAGUCGAUGGUGUCCAGGAUACAGCUUCAGGUGCUGUUGAUGGUGUCACUGAUAAAGUAGGUGACGUCGCCAAUGAGGCCACCGAUAAAGUGGGAGAUGUUGCUGAUGGUGUUCAAGACACAGCAGGUGAUGUGGUAGAUACAGCUAAAGAUUUACCUGAAAAGGCUACAGAGUCCGUUGACGAUGUUCAGAAAAACGUGACAGAUAUAGCAGAAGGCGUUACUGGUGAAGGUCAAAACUUGCUUGGCAACUUACAAGAUCAAAUCAAAAAUGUAGUGAAUCAAGCUCAGAACUCUUUGAAUGAUGAUAACGACGACGAUGAGGAUGAUAAUCCGUUUGGCAACAGUGAUGAUGCUAUGAUGACUAUGAAUGCUAUCAUGGAAUACAAUCGCAUGUUGAUGCAAAGAUUAUCAGAACUUGAAGAGGAAGCCAAAGAGAACAAUGACGAAGUGAGCAAGGAAUCAGUUCAAGAUACAGUCAAAGAUACUUAUGACCAAAUCAAGUCAAAAUAUGAGAAAACAGAAGACGGCAAAGGUACGAAUCAUACUUUCGAACUGCCUCUUGACGACCUUGUCAACAGCUUUGGCGAUAAUAAUGAUGAUGAUAAUCACGAUGCACAGCACAACAAAAAGAGGACGAAUAACACCAACGAUGAUGAAUCCACUGUGCACGGGGGCGAGGAUAGCGGUGGCAAGGGAUUCAGCAUCGGCAAUGGUGGAGGCAAAGAUGACAUUGUAGUUAAGGUAGAGGCAACAAAGAACGGUAUUACCUUCUGCAUCCAUAUUCCUCGUGAUUAAACGACUUGCUUUCCUUCAAAAAGCAUGUAUAUUUUUUUGUAUAUUCUUUUUACGUCUUUAUUCUUAAUAAAUUAUAUAUUAUAUUCAGCCAUUUGACGAUCGAACAAAUCGUUUACACAUAUACAACGUAAACUUGACUGGCUUAUGCAUAAAAUACAGCAAAUGGAACAGAGAAAAAAGAUUCUUUCUUU